AUGCGAGGUAGUUUACAGGGCAACAAUCCGUACAUGGUCAUUACUCACACCUAUGGAAAUCGAGGAGCCUUCGGUUACUGGGUCUGCCUGAUGAAAGAUGCCCACCCCGUUCUGGAACCGCCCGCUCGGCCCCGCCCCCGCUCACCUCGCGCACCUGGCGCCGCCGCCCGCUCGGCCUCGCCCCCGCUCGCCUCGCGCACCUGGCGCCGCCGCCCGCUCGCCCCUGCCCCCGCUCGCCUCGCCCACCCGCCGUAUCCGCCGUUUCAAGUCCCUCACCGCUCCUCCGCCUCGCCGCCACCUGCCCAAAUCUCCGCCCUGGCCCCCGUCGUCGCCGGGCUCACCGGCCUCGGCCUGUCGCGUCCCGACAUCGCCCGCUUCGUCUCGCUCGCCGACAGCCGCUUCCGCUACACAUCCGUCGUCUCCAAGAUGCACUACUACCUGCCCCUCUUCGGCUCCCUGGACAGCAUCCGCCGCGCGCUCCGGCGCUCAUCCUACCUUCUCUCGUCGGACCUGGACAAGGUGAUCAAUCCAAAUGUCGUCUUCCUGCGGGAGUGCGGGCUAGGUGAUUGCGAUAUCGCCAAGUUGUGUGUCUGCGAGCCGAGGUUGCUCGGCUACAAGCCGGAACGCGUCCGGGCAAUGGUGGCGUGCGCCGAACGUCUGGGCGUGCCCCGUGGCUCCGGCAUGUUCAGGGUCGCGCUGCAGGCCGUCGCAUUCCUCAGCUAGGAGUAGAUCACCGCCAAAGUGGACCACCUGAAGAAGGCGUUCAGUUGGUCGGAUGCCGAGGUGGUAGCUGCUUUGUCUAUGGCUCCAAUGCUGCUCAAUAGGUCAAAGGACACCCUGCGGUGCAGGUUCGAGUUCCUGGUCUCUGAGGUGGGCUUGGAACCGGGGUACAUUGCUCAUCGCCCGGUAAUGCUCUAUUACAGCCUGGAGGGCCGGCUCAAGCCCCGGUACUAUGUUCUGAAGUUUCUCAAGGAAAAUGGAUUGGUCGAUUGCGACUGGAGCUUCUAUACUGCAGUCACGAGGUCCGACAAGUAUUUCAUGAAGAAGUGCAUAUGCCCUCACCAGGAAGCUGCUCCACACCUUGCUGAAGACUAUGCGGCAGCUUGCAGAGGGGAAAUGCCAAGUAAUUUCAGAUUUACUUGAACCAGAAAAGGGCUAAGGGCCAGGUUGGUAGUUCGUUUUGGUGUUCUAUGCCAAACUAGAUGCUGGUUAUUUUCCUGUAGUAUGCAUGUUACUUGCCGCCGGUUUGGUCAUUGCUGAAUGCUAACUUCUAUGAAACUCAUAAUUUUAUUCCUGAA